ACUUCCGGUUUCUUUGACAACACACCAGCGUGAUUCCCGCGUCCGGCUACAUUACUUUAUUUACUUUGUCGUCAUCGCUAUGGGAAAAUAUGUCGCCUUUCGUCUUUUCACAAAGGCUCUACUCGCUUGCUUUGUGGUCCUGCUGUUUGGUGCCACCCGACUGAAGGCGGCCCCCCCUGGAAGAAGUGGCGACCUGGGGGCCACAGGAAGGUUCUGGCACAUUACCGACCUGCAUCUGGACCCCACCUACCACCUGGCACCAGACCCCACCAAGGUGUGCUUCUCCUCCAAAGGAGCGCCGGCUGCUGGUGCUGGCCCAUUCGGCGACUUCCUGUGUGACUCGCCAUACAGCCUCAUCCAGUCUGCAUUCCUGCACAUGGACCGCCUCGUACGCCCUGAUGACUUUAUUAUUUGGACUGGAGACAGUCCGCCUCACGUUCCUGUCGGUGAACUCUCCACAGACAUGGUCAUCCAGGUGAUGAGCAACAUUACUCAAACACUCCUCCAGCACUUCCCAAAUAUCACCGUCUUUCCAGCCGUGGGAAACCACGACUACUGGCCACAGGAUCAGAUGCCAACCUCCACAAAUGAUAUCUACAAGGCUGCGGCCCACAUGUGGAAGCCCUGGCUGCAGACGGAUGCCCUGGAAACGCUGCGGCAAGGUGGCUUCUACUCCCAGCUGGCCUAUCCUGGCUUGCGAGUGGUCAGCGUCAACACCAUCCUCUACUACAGUCCUGAUAAAGUCACCGCCAACAUGAGCGACCCGGCAGGACAGUUUGAGUGGUUGGAGGCCACUCUGAAGAGAGCUGAACAGAGCAUGGAGAAGGUCUUCAUCAUCGCUCACGUUCCAGUUGGCUUCCUGCCCUUGGCCAGGAACACCACCGCCGUUAGAAAAGCUCAAAAUGAGAGGCUGGUCGACAUUUUCAGGGCGCACAGUCAUGUGAUUGCCGGACAUUUCUAUGGCCACACCCACCGAGACAGCAUCAUGGUGCUCCUGGACAAGAAAGGUAAGCCGGUGAAUUCUCUCUUUGUGGCUCCGGCUGUGACUCCCAUCAAAGACGUUUUGGCGUUGUUCUCCAACAACCCGGCAGUGCGCUUGUAUUUGUACGACACCGACGACUUUGGGAUUUUGGAUAUCUGGCAGUACUAUCUCAAUCUGACUGAAGCCAACCUCAGGCAAAGAGCCGACUGGAGGCUGGAGUACACCAUGACGGAUGCUUUCGGCAUGAAGGACCUGCGACCCGCCAGUCUGCUCAAGCUGGGUCUGAGCAUGUGGCUUCCGCCCACCUCCACCUUUGACACCUACUACACUCACUUCAUUGUGGGCUAUGACAGCCAGCUGCUGUGCAGGGCCGAGUGUAAGGUCAUCCAGCUGUGCUCCAUACUCUACCUGGACCAGGCCUCUUACUCCGCAUGUGUGACACAACAUCACAAGCUGCUCGUCAGCAACCCUUCUUCUAAUGAGUCACUUUGAAAUUUUACACUUGAAUUACACAGCUGCUUCUUUAGCAGCAUGCUCAGGAUGCUCAACACAACAAUGCUAACCAAAAAAACAACACUUUAAUGCACUAAAAAUUAAAAGGAAGCUUAUCCUCAAGAUUUUAAUAUUACUGACAUAUUUCUUGAGCUUAUGAACUAAAGGACACAAAUGAAUAGGCUGCUUCCCUGGAGGAUAUUUGAAUUGUUUCUACUCGAGUUGACAGAGUAGAAGUACUGUACAAUUAAACAAUGUAUGCACUUGAAUUUUGCACAAACAAGUUGCCUGGCAGCUUUAGCAAACCUGCAACUGCUGCCAACAAACACACACACACACACUUGAUUGGAGCCAGAUAGAUGCAGACGCAUACUGAUCCACUCAGGAAAGGGUACCGCUCCUGCGUGGGCAGGACUCAAAAAUAGCAUAACAUUGUAGGCACCAAUACGAUCUUUAACUUUUUCCAAUAAUGCAUGAUUCCGAACAGAGCAGUUCAUUGGCUGAUGGCUGCCGAGCCACCAGAGGGAGCUCAUGAGAUCAUAAAGUAGAAUUUCUGCCAUACAUUAUUUUGCUAUGUGACAAUACUAUUUUGUCUCAAAUGAGGAAAAAAUAAAUAAUAGACU